AUGAACAGAUUUGAAGAAGCUUUGGAAAAUUAUGAUUCAGCAAUAUAAAAAAAUCCAGAAGAUUCUGACUAUUAUUAUGGCAAAGGUAUAAUUCAAAAUGAAUGAUAUUUUAGCUAAUACAUUAGAUAAAAUGAACAGAUUUGAAGACGCUUUAGAAAAUUAUGAUUCAGCAAUAUAAAAAAAUCCAGAAGAUUCUACAUAUUAUGCUAAUAAAGGUAGAAUUCAAAAUGUAUUAUAUUUAGCAAGUACUCUAACAAAAUUGACCAGAUUUGAUGAAGCUUUGUAUAAUUAUAAUAUAGCAAUUUAGAAAUAACCACAGAACUCUAUCUAUAAUUCAGUUAAAGGUAUCAUUGUUUAUUUACAAAUUUUUAGCACUCACUUUAAUCUAAUGA